AUGAACCGCAGACCACUCGCCGCUGCACCUUCCUCCGUCACCAAUGUCGCUCAGGCAACUUUGCGAUCCCAUUCCCGUGCCUCUCAUGGCGGCUCGGGAACCUACACCGAGAUGAGAGCUCAGAUUCGAAAAGAGCGAGAAAACGAGAAACUCUACCGUCAGAACAACAACAGCUCUGUUGCUUCCAUCCGUGACGUCGAUCAGCUCUCGAGGAAGCAGGCUCAGCCUAUGACCCACUCCAAUUCUCAGCUCGCUUCCAACAUGUCCGACCAAAAGUUUAGCCAGUUUCCUGCCAAUGACGAGGAAGCAUCCGAACACCCUUCAGCCGACAAGAAGGGCUACCUCCGUGUUCUGCCUCCAUCUAGCUUUGCUAUGAGCUCCGACAACAUAUCCAACAUGUCAACUGCCUCAAGUCAAAUAUCUUCCUCUUCCUCUACUGGCCUCAUCAGGAAGCGCAGUCAGACCGUCAACACCAACGAUCAGCCCCUUUCUCAUCCACAGCAACAGCAGCGUCAUCAUCAUCAUCACGAGCAAAUGCAGCACCAGCAUCAGCACCUCCAUCAGCAUCAGCACCAGCACCAGCACCAGCAUCAGCACCAGCAUCAGCACCAGCACCAGCAGCUACAGCUACAGCUACAGCAACUCCGUGCUCAGCAGCAAGUGCCUCAGCAGCAACAGCUCUCGCAUGCCUCUCACCAUCAUCAUCAUCAGCAGCAACAGCAGCAGCAGCAGCAGCAGCAACAGAGGCAAACUUCUCGUCAAGAGUCUGUUUUCCCGACAAAGCAAGAUGAUGUCACCGGAAUCCAUUCCCCAUUUGAAGCCCCCGAGCAGGCCUUCAGCGUCGACGCUCUCCAAGCAGCCUUCUCGGCCAAAUACUACGAGCUAGCCACCAAGUGCAAGGAGUGGGAAAAGUUUGCCGCAAGGCUCAGAGCGCAUGUUGGUGUCCUCGAGGCAGAGAACCGCGUCCUCAAAGGCGAAAACAACAAGCUUGAAGGUGACAAUGCCCAGCUACGCGCUGUCCUUCGUCAGGAAGAGCAGACUCGAACUCAACUGCAAGGUCGUAUGAGCUCUCUGGAAGACUGCUUGUCACAACCAAGCCUGUCUGGUGGCAAUCUCAACGUUCAGUAUCGAGCCAUCGACACGCUCGACUUUGACCAUCUUUCCAUCCCUUCAGCGCCCUCGUCGGCGGAAAAGAACAGCGACGGUGCUUCUGGCCCUCGCCAUACUCCUUACUGUUCGUCUAAUCUGCAGAUAGAAGAUCGCACCGAGCUUCGCCCACAGCCCAUGCCCAUCCAGCAUAAUGCUGUUUCGCUCCUUCAAAGCACGAAUGUCUCUCGAUACUUGGCGGCUGAUCAGAUGCGCCAACCUGCCAUCCCUACCCGUGAGGCAUCCCUCGAGGCCUCACAUAGCAAGUGGGAGAUGAUACAGCCGCUCGAGGCGAUGCAGAGUCCUCAGCUGCCUCUGUCGGCAACCGAGCCCAUGAUGAGCCCUGAAGGCAGAAGCUCGCGUCUUGGCAACCGACACAAUGUCCCUGAAAAGCACGUUGCCCAUCAGCGAUCCGGAACGGUUGGUGCUUUUGGCAUGAUCGCGCCUCGCUCUGGCUCAGUGAUGGGUGCUCACCACAAUGCUCACGCAUUGACCUCGCACGCUUUGGCGAGACAAGACGCUAUCGAGACUAUUGCACGCCCAGCAUCUGCCCAGCGCUUCCACGGUACUUGUCUCGAGAGCAACGUCUCGACCACAGCCGCAAGCAUUGUCGCUAGCAUUGGUGUCACAAAAGCAGCUUUGCAGAGCAAGCGUCGUAGCACCUUUUCUGGCGAUCGCGCUCCCAGCCUCAGCCUCGCUCAGAUUGUCAAAGGUGCACUGACCGCAUCGGGUGUCGUGGCAGCGCCCUCUGUUCAGUCGCUCAGCCGCCAAAACAGUCCCAGCGACAAGCCUUUCAACAGUAGCGAGUAUCUUCAGGAGUGUGUCGAAAAACGACGCGAGGCGAUGCGUUCCUCCUUCCAAGCUCAGCAGAAGGGAAUGACACCUGCCAGUGGCCAAGGCGGCCCAUCGCGACCCGUCUCCCGCACAGCAUCACGACUAAGCACUCAGUCCGCCACUCGCAGCCGCAGCAGAGCCGGUAGCGUCCACGAUGCGAUCCCCGUCGCAGUCGAAGACGUCUUUUGCAACCCCAAAACCGUGCAAGCUCACUCGGCGGACACCUCUCCCGAGUUUCUCACCCAGCAACUCGCAGCUUCGCACCUCGACAACCACUCGGACAUCACCACCGCCUCACAGCGUCUCAUGGCAGUGGCCGAUAGCCAGAAUUCCUCUUGCUCUUCUGUCAAACUCAUGACCCGCAAAGAACUCUCCUCGGUCUCCAGUCCCACCUCUCAUUUCUCCACUUCCCCCGCUGAGGAGAAGGAAGAGAAGAUCACCUUUGAACGCAAGCUCUACAUCCGAUUCCAGCAAGAGCUCAACACGGACGAGUUCUCCAAGUUUGAACGCUGCAUUCAGCGAUACGACUUCCUCGACAUCCCCUUGGAGGGCAAUAAGGGUCUCAUCACCAGGGUCAAGAGGCUCUUGCUCGUUUCUGACCCCGACUUGAGGUCCAAGCCGGAGAAGCUGCGAGUCAGACAGCAACUGGCAAGGGACUUUGAGAAAAUGGCAAAAAACUUUGGCCAGGCCCAGACCCAGACCCAGCCUCAGUCUUGA